AUGGUUUAUCGUGCACCGGUUCAGGAUUACUACGCUUGUUACGGAGAUGACGCAACUUUUCUAGCUAAGGAAGUUUUUAUGAGUGACGUUUGCCUGAAAACGAAAACACUCAUGGUACAUUUAGGAGAAUCGGUUCAGUAUAUGACAAUGAACAAUGGCCAGUUCCAACGUACAAUUCGCGAGCUUCUUAUGUUCAUGCGAUAUCGCAUAGAAUUGUAUGGGUUAGAAGGAGAUCAGUGGAAAAUGAAAGCCAAGGUUUCUUACAGAGUUUACCAUAAAUUUUCUUAUAGUGGAACCAUUGGGAAUCUUGGCGACUUUGAAGAGAUCAUUGGGGACAUGAUUGGUGGCGGUAACGUAAUCAUGGCCAUGGAGAUAAGUAAUGGAGAGGAUAACAAAGUCGGUGUUUGUUUUCUGGAUCUCCUGGAUUUCCGUGUGCUAACAUCCGAAUUUAUUGACAGUCCACUUUUUUCUCAAAUCGAGCAAUGCCUUAUUGGUAUCGCUCCACGUGAAUGUCUUGUCUAUGUUGAUGAAGGCAGUAUUGUGUACGACAGCAAGGAUAGACAGAAAAAGCUUAAGUCACUCCUUAAGAAGGUAGGCGUUCUUGAAACGAGUGCCAAAUCUCUACAAAAUACUUGUGAUUGGGAAGAAGUGUUGUGUAUGUUCCGUCAGAAUUGUGAAGUUACCUCUUUAUCUGAUUCUGUAAAACGAUGUCUUUGUGGUUUGUUCACAUAUCUCAAGAUGGACGAGCAAAAUGCCUACAUGCAUAAAUUCUCUUUGUCGGAUUAUCGCACAUCUGGCUAUAUGCAUGUCGAUUCCGGAGUUGUUCGCUCACUCGAGUUGUUCGCGUUGAAUUACCAUAAUGAUAAACAGAGUGCUAUUGAUGAUAUUACAUCGAGAAUUUCAUUUAUUGUUCAUGAAUUCCAGGCACGUCGUGCAUUGAGUGACACACUACUUCCUAAAGUUCCUGAUAGUAAUCAACUCGCACGAAAGUUGGUUCUUAGCAAAGCUAAAUUACAGGUGGCGACUUUUGCAACAAUUAUUGCAGAGCCUGAUCUUACAAAAACCUUUCAGGACUGCUAUCGCGUAUAUCAACUCGCGGUUCUCUUGCAGCACAUUGAGCGUGCUCUUCGUGACCUUUAUGACAAUGAUGAGAAAAACGCAUCUGCAGUCAAAGAUCUUAUGCUUGAGCCGAUAUGUUACGGAUUAUUACAUUUCGAUAAGUAUUGUGAACUAAUUCGUAGUACAAUCGACGAAGAAUACCAUGAGAGAACAGGGGACUUCCGAAUUCGACCGGACAUUGACCCAGAACUGUUGCGAAUUGACAAGGAUAUAUGUUCAUUAGAGAAGAAAGCGGAAAUAGCUAGGACCAACAUCGCAAAACGAUUGGAUCUUGAGUCAGUUAAGCUAGAUUCAAAUCCACAACUGGGAUUCUUCUACAGAGUCACUCUUAAGGAUGAAAAGCACAUACGGAAGUGCAAAUUCAUCACUGUAGUCGACGCAAGCAAGGGCUCCGGAGUGAGAUUUAGAGACGGAGAUUUGUCGGAGAUUAAUGAACAAUAUCAGGUGUUGACUAACAUAUAUCGCACUGCUCAGCAAGACUUGGAGAAAAAGGUCAUUGAAACAUGUGCCGGAUAUGCCCCUGCAUUAAGUGGACUGAGCAAUGCGUUAGCCACAAUCGAUGUUCUCACUAGUUUAGCUCGACUUGUAACCGAUUCACCCAAUGAAUAUGUACGCCCGACAUUGGAGCCGAUGGGAAGUGGAAUAUUCGAGUUGAAAAGGUGUCGCCAUGCUGUUCUUGAGGCAAUUCUCGACAGCCAUUUUAUCCCUAACAACAUUGAAUUCGGUAGCUUUGUGCCUGCAUCGUCCAUGCGGAUGUCAGUGUUGGAUGGUAUUUUCACCCGCAUCGGUGCAAGUGAUCAACAAACGAAAGGAAUCUCUACGUUCAUGGCUGAAAUGUUAGAUAGUGCAAAUAUUUUAGAGACGGCAACUUCAAAUUCUUUGGUUGUCAUUGAUGAACUGGGAAGAGGAACAUCAACGUAUGAUGGAUUUGGUCUAGCGUGCGACCUUCUAUCACGAGUGCGUUGUUUCUGCCUAUUCGCGACCCAUUUUCACGAGAUGGGAGCUCUUGCAGAACAUCCUGGUGCGACUUCACUGCAGAUGUCAGUUGCCGUAGAUGAUGGGCGCCUAACGAUGCUGUAUGAAGUACGUCCCGGUGUAGCUCAAAGCUCAUUUGGAAUUCAUGUCUCGCGAACUGUUGGUUUUCCAGACAGCAUUGUUGAGGAAGCAUCUCGAAUUCUGGAAGAGUUGGAGAGUUCGGCAAGUGAGGCUGAAAUAGAUGAAGUGAUUAUGAAGCUCAAGACGGCAGAUGAUGACCGCUUGGUACAGAUUCUAACAUGA